AUGGUUUCGUGGGUCGUUUCUUUAGGAGCCGUCGUUUUUUUCGCAGGUAUUGGGGUGUGCGUCGGUGUUCAGUUCGGUGGUGGAAAUGAUAAAGGUGAUGUAUCAGUUUUGCGUAUAACUUGUAUUACAUCUGGAUAUGUGAAACGAUUUUUUUUACGUGCGUCGUAUGGGGCAGAUUUUCAUGUUUAUUUGCCUAGUUCACCUGUGGUUGUUAUUUCUCAUGCUACGGAUUGUGGUCGUGGUGGUGGAAAGUUACAGAGCAACAUUACAGCAUAUUUAAAGCACAGAAAAUUAUCACACCAAAAGCAGUUUUUACAAUAUCAAGUCGAGCCAAAUCAUGGACAGCUACAAUAUUCUAUAUGGAACACUUCAACUCCGAACUACUACAACGUAUAG